CCGAUUCCCCCUGUCCCAGAACGGGCUCUGGAUCUCCACGGAUUUCGGGGAGCACUGGCGGGAGAUCCACAAAUCCGUGUGCUUGGCCAAGUGGGGCGAGAACGACACCAUCUUCUUCACCGCGUUCCUGAACAAUUCCUGCAAAGCUGAUCUGGGAUUCCUGGAGCUGAAGAAAACCCCCGACCUGGGACGAUCCUUCCGGACCAUCGGCUCCCGGAUCUACUCCUUCGGGAUGGGCGGCCGCUUCCUCUUCGCCUCCGUCAUGACGGAGCAGGGCACCAUGCGGCGCAUCCACGUGUCCCUGGACCAGGGGGAUUCCUGGAACAUGGCCCAGCUGCCCUCGGUGGGACACGAGCAGUUCUACUCCAUCCUGGCCGCCAACGACGACCUGGUGUUCAUGCACGUGGAUGAGCCCGGCGACACGGGAUUCGGGACCAUCUACACGUCGGACGAGCGCGGGAUCCUCUACUCCAAGUCCCUGGAGAGGCACCUGUACACCACCACCGGCGGGGAGACCGACUUCACCAACGUCACCUCCCUGCGCGGCACCUUCAUCACCAGCGUGCUGGCUGAGGGUGCGCUGGGAUCCACCCGGGAUCUGCCCCUGGGAUCCACCCGGGAUCCACCCUGGGAUCCUCCUCUGG